AUUCCAUUCUGCCUGGCGCUCUUUCUUUGGUAUACUACUUACAACAGGAGCAGACAGUUAGCAGACACAAACACUUAAACGGUCCAAAUUGCUCUCCUCCAGAUGAGAGUCAACAGGUUGUCUCCAGGCUGGCGCACCGCAGCACUGGCCACUGGUCUCUUGGCGCUGGCACAGCAGGUGUCAGCAUUCUAUCUGCCCGGCAUAGCGCCGCACGACUACAAGGCGGGCGAGAAGGUAGAGUUGCAGGUGAAUUCGCUGACGCCGUCGCUGAAUGCAGACAAUAAGCUCGAGUCGGUUCUCUCGUACAGCUACUAUGAUGAGCGGUUCAACUUCUGCAAGCCCGAGGGCGGACCAAAGUCGGCACAUGAGUCGCUGGGCAGCAUGCUGUUUGGUGACCGGAUCUUCUCGUCGGCAUUUGACGUGGAGAUGCUGAAGAACACCCAGUGCCAGAUGCUGUGUUCGCAGCUGGUGUCAGGCAAGAGCGCAGGCUUUAUCAACGAUAAAAUUAUGAAGGGCUACAACUACAACUGGCUGAUCGACGGGCUGCCGGCAGCAACAGUGAAGGUUGAGGACCGGACGCAGCAGGAGUUUUACUCUGUCGGGUUUGGGCUGGGCAGUGCGGCCAGCGGGCAAAUCCUGCCGCAUUUUAACAACCACUAUGACAUAAGGAUCCAGUACCACACGCUGGACAGCGUGCACCACCGCGUGGUUGGUGUUGUGGUGUACCCGUCGAGCAAGAAGACGCGGUAUUCGGCAGACACAGCGCCAACGUGUGACUCGACGGAGCCGAUGCUCCUGAACCAGGGCAAGGAUACGCAAGUUGUGUACACUUACUCUGUGACGUGGGAGAAGUCAGACAAGUCGUGGGCGACCCGCUGGGACGACUACCUGCAUGCAAUGGACCCCAAGAUCCACUGGUUCAGCCUAAUCAACUCGGCUGUGAUUGUGAUUUUCCUGAGCGCGAUGGUGGGCCUGAUUCUGAUGCGUGCGCUGCACAAGGACAUUGCGCGGUACAAUGCCGACGACGCUGAGGACUUGCAGGAGGAUUUUGGAUGGAAGCUGGUGCACGGCGAUGUGUUCCGGGCGCCGCAGCACUUCCCGAUGCUGUCUGUGAUUUUGGGGAGCGGGUACCAGCUGUUCUGGAUGUCGCUAACGACGCUGGUAAUUGCACUCCUCGGAUUCCUGUCGCCGUCAAGCCGCGGCUCUCUGUCGACGGCGAUGCUUGUGCUGUACAUUGUGUAUUCGUUCUCCGCAGGAUUCAAUGCGGCGCACAUGUACCAUUCGUUCGGUGGCACGUCGCUGAAGCGCAUCGUUAUCAUGACAAUGCUGUUUGUGCCGGGAUCGUGCUGCACCAUCCUGGUCAUUAUCAACAUCAGCCUAAUGGCGAUGCGGUCGUCGGCAGCGGCGCCGGUGGGAGCGCUGUUUGGGCUCAUGGCGAUGUGGUUUGUGAUUUCGAUCCCGCUGACGAUUGCCGGGGCGUACUUUGGGUACCGGCGCAAGACGAUUGAUCCGCCGGUGCGUGUGAACCAGAUCCCGCGCCAGAUCCCCGACCAGCCGUGGUACCUGAAGCCGGUGCCCUCGGCGCUGAUGGGCGGCGUGCUGACGUUCGGAGCGAUCUUCAUCGAGCUGUACUUUAUCAUGAACAGCAUCUGGUUCCACAAGGUGUACUAUGUGUUUGGGUUCCUGUUCCUGGUGUUCCUGAUCCUGGUGGUGACGACGGCCGAGGUCACUGUGCUUUUGACGUACUUCCACCUGUGCGCCGAGGACUACAGGUGGCACUGGCGCUCGGUGUACACGGCGGGAGCGUCGGCGCUGUACGUGUUUUUGUACGGGGUGCUGUUCUACUUCUCGCGGCUGCGGCUGGCGUCGUUUGCGUCGCUGGUCAUUUACUUUGGGUGGAUGGCGAUUGCAUGCCUCCUGUUCUUUGUGCUGACAGGCGCCAUUGGGUUCGUGGCGAGCCACAUGUUUGUUAGGAGGAUUUAUGGCGCUAUCAAGAUCGACUAGAGUGAAUAAACCGGCUGGCUUUAUGUGUCGGACAAUGUCGGAGUGGUGGGAUCGUCGGCGCUGCAUGCCCUGGCUGAAGAACGCAUAUUUUCUAUCCAAUAGACGGGGCGUGGAUGUGGGGUCGAGGUCGGGCGUAUGCAAGCCGACUGCAGCGGAGAUAUUAUGCAUAUCAGCCAAACUCUGUCUGAGCUUUGGCCCGGGCAUUAUGUGCCUGGCGUCCUAAAAGGAGGUAUUGGCGAGCUGCCGUGUAGAAAAAACGAAGCUGCCCGGAUGCCGGGGGGAUCGGGGAGGGUGUGCGGCCGCUCCUUUGUCGCUGUGACUCGGGGGCUUGAUGAUUCGUAGCGUGGUCCGAUAACGAUCAACCCAGCACGUAUUGGUAUCCCGCUUUUGGGCCGGCAAUGACACACAAGGGCGGGUUUGCGUGGGGAGGGGAUUGAGCAGGCGGGCAUGACAGGGGUCACAAUUGAAAAGGAGCAG